GUGACAUAACGCGAGACUUGUUUUCGUAUCCUUUGUUGGAAUCCUGAACAAAUUUUUAUUCGAUCAAUAAGUUCCUGAAUCAAUUCCCCCAUGUGGAACGUCCUGUCCCGUUGCCGGCUGCUGGCCAGCACUCCCCUGCUGGGAUCUCUAGCCAGUGCAUCGCGCUGCACCGCUGCCAGCUUGUUUCAUGUGCUCGCCGGCUCUGGCGCUGGAACGUGCCAGAUCUCACCACUAGCGAAUCAAUCUGCCUCAUCCCGGACGGCGCUGCUCAACCAAUCGCCCGCGCAGCUGCUCCUGCCCACGGCCGGCCCCCUGCUAAGCCAGGUGUGCGGCUUCAAGGUCAAGGGACGGCUAAAGCGCCGCUGCAAAGAUUGCUACUUUGUGGUGCGCCAGCAGCGGCUGUUCGUGAUCUGCAAAACCCAUCCGCGCCACAAGCAAAUGUCGAUGAAGAAGCGUGACCACAACACCUGGAUCCUGACCGACGCCACCCAGAGUCCGGUGCGGGCGUGGUAAACGUUGCUUUCUUUCUGUUGAGUUGUGGAUUGUGAAAUGUAGAGUUUUAAAAGAC